ACUCAAAUUUAUAUGACCACUGAUUUGCAUAGCAUUAGCAAAUUAGCAAUAGCAUAGCCUUCAUUUUAUUUCAAUUCAAAUUCUUCUUCACAUCACACAACACAGCAUCUUCUAUCGAGUCCCCACAACACAAACUCAAUCUUCCUUCCCUGCAAUCAAUCUAAUCAAAAACCCUAACUAGGGUUCCUCCUGUGUGAUCCAAUCAAUCAUCAUGGCGGACGAUGGCGUUGCACCUCCUCCAUCAUCUUCCACUCCUCCGGCGGCUCCUUUGGGUUCAACCGUGAUCUCAUUGGUCAACCGUCUUCAGGACAUUUUCUCCCGUGUUGGCAGCCAAUCCACCAUCGACCUUCCCCAAGUCGCCGUCGUCGGUAGCCAGAGCAGCGGCAAGUCCAGCGUCCUUGAAGCCCUCGUCGGCCGAGACUUCCUCCCCCGUGGCAAUGAGAUUUGCACGCGCCGCCCACUCGUGCUCCAGCUCGUCCAGACCAAGAAGAACCCUGAUGGCUCUGACGAAGAGUACGGCGAGUUUCUCCACUUACCUGGCAGGAAAUUCUUCGAUUUCUCCGAUAUUUGCCGCGAAAUUCAGGCUGAAACUGAUAGAGAAGCAGGAGGGAAUAAAGGUGUCUCAGACAAGCAGAUUAGGUUGAAGAUUUUUUCACCGACUGUUCUUGAUAUCACACUUGUAGAUCUCCCUGGCAUAACAAAAGUUCCUGUUGGUGACCAGCCUUCCGAUAUUGAAGCCCGAAUCAGAACAAUGAUUAUGUCAUAUAUCAAAACUCCAACCUGUCUCAUUCUAGCUGUCACAGCAGCAAAUUCAGAUCUGGCUAAUUCUGAUGCUCUUCAGAUGGCAGGAAUUGCUGAUCCUGAUGGUAAUAGAACGAUUGGUGUGAUUACAAAGUUGGAUAUCAUGGACAGAGGUACUGAUGCCCGAAAUCUGUUACUAGGAAAAGUUAUUCCCCUUCGACUUGGUUAUGUAGGGGUUGUAAAUCGUAGUCAAGAGGAUAUUCAAAUGAACCGGAGUAUAAAGGAUGCUCUUGUUGCCGAAGAGAAGUUUUUCCGCAGUCGUCCUGUAUACAGCGGUCUAGCAGAUAGUUGUGGUGUUCCUCAACUAGCAAAGAAGUUGAAUCAGAUUCUAGCACAACAUAUCAAGGCCGUGUUACCUGGUUUGAGAGCACGGAUAAGCACUCAACUAGUUUCUGUUGCAAAGGAGCAUGCAAGCUAUGGAGAAAUCACAGAGUCCAAGGCUGGUCAGGGUGCUCUUCUCCUGAAUAUACUUUCUAAAUAUUGUGAAGCAUUCUCUUCCAUGGUUGAGGGAAAGAAUGAGGAGAUGUCUACGUCUGAGUUAUCUGGUGGAGCACGAAUCCAUUAUAUUUUUCAAUCCAUCUUUGUCAAAAGUUUAGAGGAGGUGGAUCCAUGUGAAGACUUGACUGAUGAUGAUAUUCGUACAGCCAUACAGAAUGCCACUGGGCCUAGAUCAGCAUUGUUUGUUCCAGAAGUGCCAUUCGAAGUCCUUGUACGAAGGCAGAUAUCUCGUCUAUUGGAUCCAAGUCUUCAGUGUGCCAGGUUUAUAUAUGAUGAACUAAUUAAGAUGAGCCAUCGCUGUAUGGUGACUGAACUGCAGCGGUUCCCUUUCUUGCGAAAGCGCAUGGAUGAAGUUAUAGGAAACUUUUUGAGGGAAGGCCUUGAACCCUCAGAGAACAUGAUUGCGCACAUCAUAGAGAUGGAGAUGGACUACAUAAAUACUUCCCACCCAAAUUUUAUUGGUGGAAGUAGGGCAUUAGAAUUUGCAGUGCAACAGACCAAGUCUUCUAGAGCCGCUUUAUCAGUUUCUAGGCAGAAGGAUGGUCUGGAAUCUGAUAAGGGAUCAGCCUCUGAAAGAAGUGUGAAGUCUCGGGCUAUUCUUGCAAGACAAAGUAAUGGAGUAGCUGGUGAUCAGGGUGUCCGUGCUGUAUCAGAGAUUGAAAAAAUUGCACCUUCUGGAAACACUGGUGGAUCAAGUUGGGGUAUCUCAUCCAUUUUUGGUGGAGGUGAUAGCCGUAUGUCCGUGAAGGAGAAUAUAGCCAGCAAGCCACAUACUGAACCAGUUCACAGUGUGGAACAAUCAUUCUCUAUGAUCCAUUUGAGAGAGCCACCUACUAUCUUGAGGCCAUCUGAGAGCAAUUCAGAGACGGAAGCUAUUGAAAUUACAGUAACAAAGUUGCUUUUGAAGUCAUACUAUGACAUUGUCAGAAAAAAUGUUGAGGAUUUUAUCCCCAAAGCAAUUAUGCACUUCUUGGUAAACAACACCAAGAGAGAGCUGCACAAUGUCUUCAUUAAAAAGCUAUACAGAGACAAUCUGUUUGAAGAGAUGUUGCAAGAACCUGAGGAAAUAGCCAUGAAAAGAAAGCGUUGUCGAGAACUUCUCCGAGCUUAUCAGCAGGCUUUUAAGGACUUGGAGGAGCUUCCUAUGGAAGCUGAAACAGUUGAAAGAGGAUACAGUUUACCUGAAACAACUGGUUUGCCUAAAAUUCAUGGAUUACCUUCAUCAACAAUGUAUUCUUCAAGCAGUUCUGGAGACUAUUAUGGAGCUUCUCCGAAGCACACCAAGUCAAAAAGGUCUUCCCAUUCUGGGGAACUUCAGUCUCCAUUGUAUGCUAAUGCAGAUUCCAAUGGAAGUGGAAGGACUUACCCGUCAGGUUAUUAUCCCACAGUUGAUGCAUGAGCAAUAGCUUAAUGAGCUCGCUGGUCAAAUUAGUUUAACUCAAGGUUUGUUAUUCUUUUGAUUACACUGCACCUUUCCAAACAUGGAAUUCUGCCUCGUGGAGCUGAAUUAGUAGUGUCUAACUAAAAUGGUCUGGAAUGUUGUUGGCUUCUGCUUUCUUUACAUAAGUUCACCCUUUGUUCUCAUACAGCAUUGGCAUUAUUUACAUUGCUCCAGAAAGAAUAAAAGGAGCAGGUGAUCUUCACAUUUUUGAGUAUGGGCAUUCUAUAUAUUAAUGUAUAUGACCUUUUUUCUUUGGUAAGUUAUUUUCUUUUUUUGGUAAUAUUAUGCAGCUCCACAGUUUGUUGGCAGUAAAUUAGGACAUGUUGGCUAUGUGAACUGGGCUUGCAAUAUUGAAUUUUCAAUUUUAGGUUAAGAUGUAGGGAUUUCUUGAUGGUUGUAAUUGGUGUUAUUUAAAAGAUUUGUUUCUCA